AUGAUCAGUAGAUCUGGGAGCCAGCGCACCGGUAGUGCAACGAACCGACCAUAUUCGUCGAACAACCCGUUCAGAACCGCGGCCAAUGACUCCAGUGUGGCCCAAUACAGCUCAGAUCGACAAUUCCAGGAUUGGGUCAGAGCCAAUGGCGUUCAAUCACCUUACGCGCAUAAUAGCAGAGCCAACUCGAGUUCCAGCGUUGCAGAAUCCAUUGAAGAGCAUCAAGAAGAGUUGGAUCAGUCUCCAAGACCUGCUCGGAUAAUGGCAGAGAAUAUGUCACCAUCGUCUAAUAAUCCAUUUUUAGAUGACGUAAGUUCCAGUAGUGGAGAUAGUGGACAACCACCAGUGUACCCCGUCAAAGGCUCGAGAAGCAAUGUUACAGCUAAAGAGGAGAAGGACCGUUUACGUGAUCGGUAUAAAGAGGAAGACGAUCUGACUGGUGAUCUGCCUCCGUCUUACGACGAGGUGGCUGGUUCGAGAAAGGCAAAAUCAAGUUAUCCCAGAGAGAAAGAGGGCUCUAGUGGACGUCGUAGCCACUCACACCGUCAGCAUCGUCAUAGGGAAGAAGGUAAACGUGAGAGUGAUCGUGAAAGAAGUCAUCGUCAUCGUAGUUCCUCGUCUAAGGAACAGAAAAAGAAGGGCAAGCCAGGUGUUACGCCCAAGAAUGUUGAUACGAUCGAUAAGAUGGAUGUCACAGGGUUAUUUGGAGGAUCAUUCCAUCAUGAUGGGCCCUUUGAUGCUUGCACCCCACAUAGAAAUAAGAAUUCUAAAGCAGCGCCCGUGAUGGCAUUCCCGGCUGAUGGGCCUAACAAUAGCAUUGGAGGAGCAUCUGCAAAGAAAUCAGCAUUGAACGAGGUUUUUGGCAGAGAAGAAAUCGAUGACGACGACGACCUUUACAAGUCAAGAGUACCCAAUAGGGGUGUGACAGCGGGCUCUAACGGUAGUACCUCCACUUUAGAUGCUAUAAAGCCUAACGCUAAGACUGUAACACAGUUUGAUGUUAAGGGCAGAACGCAUGCCGUACAUGGGCCUACAACAGAGGGGCUAGGGUCUACAACUUUCUUGGAUGGAGCACCAGCGUCGAAGAUCGCUAUAAGGGACGAUAUCAAGCAGCAUGUUCAUCAAACGCGUACUGGCGGGGUGCAAAGGAAGAAAUCUUUGACCCAAAGAUUGCAAGUGAACGGCGGGCCCAAUGCCGCUACUACGGAACCCUUGACUUUGGCAAAGACUCAUAGUGGACAUUUGGAGAACGGGGAUGAUGAAGACGAAGACGCGUACCUUGGGGUACGUUUCGAUGAAGGGUCUAGGAAAUCAUCCACUGGUAACAAACUGCUGAGAAGGGUCAAGAGUUUGAAAGUUGGUAGGAAGCCCUAA